AUGGCCUCUAAGGUAUUAGAGGUUGCCCCAAUGGAAACAAAUGAUCUUGUUGAUCAGUCAGUGCAAUUCAAGAAAGACAGGAAGAGAAUUCUGUCAGUCUCUAGUAUGGAGGAUGCUCGUGAUGACGAGAAACAGCCUAAAUCAUCUCGUGCCUAUAUGCUAAAUAACUCGAGCAACAUUAAUCAAACGACUGAGCAAGUUAAUUUAGUACCAUCUCAAGAAGCUCGAGAAGUAAAUUUUGACAAACAAUCUCGCUCAGCAGUCAUCUCAACAUACGCUUCUGACGAUAAAGGUCCAUUAGGAGUUAUUAUCCAGAGCAAGAAAGUUCAAGGUCAACGUGCCUUCAAAAGUUUGAACAGGUACUCUAUCAGUAAAUCUAUUUCGAAAAAGUAUAGUGUCAAUCAGAUUUUCCUUAAGUCCUCUAAUAAAAUUGAGGUUAUUUUCAACUCUCGGGAAGACGCUAAUAAUGUACUAACAGAUCAGGAAAUUCUGGAUAAGGACUGUGAUAUAUUUAUUCCAUUUCAUUGGCUUGUAAGGAAGGGCAUUAUUAGAGGUGUCGACCUGGAUGUUGAAGAAAAAGACAUCCUACAAGACUUAAAGUCUAGUAUAAAAAUACAUAGUGUCAGAAGAAUUACAAGAAAAAAUCCUAAAGCAGACAGUGAUCCUACUCUUCCUAAGUAUAUUCCAACGAAGUCCAUAAUUGUGACAUUUCAUGGGCAAGAGCUUCCUCAAUAUGUGUUCAUGUACCAUAUUGCUCAUGAGGUUCAACCGUUCAUCUCUACACCUAGAAUAUGUUACUCCUGUUUUUUGCCUGGGCAUAUGUCUAAAGUCUGUAAAUCCUCACCGAUGUGUGGAAAAUGUGGUGAAAAUAAGCAUGAGAACGCGUGUAAACUUGAAGUGUUGAAAUGUGCUACUUGUGGUAGCCCUCAUCGUACCUUGGACGCAUCAUGUCCAACCAUGAUCAAAGAACGUGCCAUUCUCAGGGUUAUGGCUCUAGAAAAUAAACCUCAUGAGGACGCGAGGAAAAUAGUUUUUGGAACUAAUCGGUCUAAUAAUGUUAUUGCCUCUAAAGAAGCUUUUCCUAGUCUAAAUAACGAACAGCCUUUCUCUCUACAGAACCGUUUUCAACCACUGGUUCAAGAGCAAUUCGUGGACUCCGACGAGGUCCCCUAUUCUUUUUCUCAGGCAUUACUCAAUAAACCGAAGCGUCGUACAAACAAUCACCUUAGUCAACAGAAUAAUCGCAAGUCUUCAUACAAUAAUUUUAUGCCCCAAGGCAAGGACUACGCAUCAAAUGCUCAAUUCAAAACUAGAGCUGCAGACGCCCGCGCGAAGGGCUCAUCGGUGCCUAAUAACAAGAGUUUCAAUCAUCGUUCUGGGUCGUUUAACGAUAACUUAUCAGCCUCGUUUACUAAUCAUCGCAAUCUGCCUAGUUAUAACUUGCAGUCCAGCCCUCGGCGUAACAGCUCUACUAGUACAUCCUACUCUCAGCCUUCAUCAGGACACCAGGUUCAUGCUCCCGAUGAUUUCAACUCCAGAUAUGACUUACAUGUGGCUAAAUUACUUGCAUCAAGGUUUAAUACAGUCAAUUACUCGGAUCUCUCUCACAUUCAGGCGAAGAUGAAGAUGAAGUCGGAAAUUCUGUUGGCGAUUUUAACGCACACAAUAUUUCUUGGAACUGUGAGGACACAGAUAGCAAUGAACUUGAGUUCUUCUAUUAGUUAUCAAGUUGGUGAGGAUAAGUUUGGAUCUGACCACUUUCCUAUUUGCUUCGAAGUUAAUACGGCUAAAUACGUCCAUGUAAAAAGAUCAUUUAAAAUCAGUUCUGUUCGUACAGAUUGGAAUUAG